CUAUUGCAGGCAGAAUUUCACCAAACAGACGAGCUUAAAAUUUAUCGAGUAACAAGACCUAUUGCUCAGGGCGACAGUUCACAGGGAAGAUUAAAAACUGAAUGAUGACUCAGCUAAGCAUUUGCAUCACAUUUUUGGGAGCCUAUCUGCUCAUCAUUUUUUAUGUUCAAGGACAGAAUCCAGAUAGUCGAUUCCUUCAUGGUACAGAAAUGAAGUCAGACCAAAAUCAAAAAAAGCAGGAAAAUGGAGUAACCUUAGCACCAGAGGAUACUUUGCCUUUUCUGAAGUGCCACUGUUCAGGACAUUGCCCUGAUGAUGCUAUUAAUAACACAUGCAUAACUAAUGGUCAUUGCUUUGCCAUCAUAGAAGAAGAUGAUCAAGGAGAAACUACAUUAGCUUCAGGUUGUAUGAAGUAUGAAGGUUCAGAUUUUCAGUGCAAGGAUUCACCCAAAGCUCAGCUACGGAGAACAAUUGAAUGUUGCCGAACCAAUUUGUGUAACCAGUAUUUGCAGCCUACACUACCACCUGUUGUUAUAGGUCCAUUUUUUGAUGGUAGUGUUCGUUGGCUGGCUGUCCUUGUUUCUAUGGCUGUGUGCAUAAUUGCUAUGAUCAUCUUCUUCAGCUGCUUUUGUUACAAGCAUUACUGCAAAAGAAUAGCAAGAAGUCGUUGCUACAAUCGGGACCUAGAACAGGAUGAAGCUUUUAUACCAGUUGGAGAGUCAUUGAAGGACCUUAUUGACCAGUCACAAAGUUCUGGCAGUGGAUCUGGACUUCCUUUGCUGGUUCAACGAACUAUUGCCAAGCAGAUUCAGAUGGUUCGACAGGUGGGAAAAGGUCGCUAUGGAGAGGUGUGGAUGGGGAAAUGGCGGGGUGAAAAGGUGGCAGUCAAAGUGUUCUUCACCACUGAAGAGGCCAGUUGGUUUCGGGAAACAGAGAUCUAUCAAACUGUUCUAAUGCGUCAUGAGAAUAUCCUCGGUUUUAUCGCGGCUGACAUCAAGGGCACAGGCUCUUGGACGCAGUUGUACCUGAUCACCGACUACCACGAAAACGGAUCUCUGCACGACUUCCUGAAGUGUGCCACUCUGGACAGCAGGGCCCUCCUCAGAUUGGCAUAUUCAGCUGCUUGUGGCCUGUGCCAUCUCCAUACAGAGAUCUACGGUACCCAAGGAAAGCCUGCGAUCGCCCACCGAGACCUGAAGAGCAAGAAUAUCCUGAUCAAGAAAAAUGGGAGUUGUUGUAUCGCCGACUUGGGCCUCGCUGUGAAAUUUAACAGUGAUACAAAUGAAGUUGAUGUCCCUUUGAACACUAGAGUAGGUACAAAACGUUACAUGGCCCCAGAAGUGCUCGAUGAAAGCCUAAAUAAAAAUCACUUUCAGCCAUACAUCAUGGCCGACAUCUAUAGCUUUGGACUGAUCAUGUGGGAGAUGGCUCGUCGCUGUGUCACAGGAGGCAUUGCAGAAGAGUACCAAUUGCCUUACUACAACAUGGUGCCUCAUGAUCCUUCUUACGAAGAUAUGCGUGAGGUUGUGUGUGUUAAGCGAUUGCGCCCCAUCGUGUCCAACCGAUGGAAUAGUGAUGAAUGUCUAAGAGCUAUCUUGAAGCUAAUGUCAGAAUGCUGGGCCCACAACCCUGCUUCAAGACUUACCGCCUUGAGAAUCAAGAAGACACUUGCCAAGAUGGUUGAAUCUCAAGAUGUAAAGAUUUGACAAUUACAUAACACUCAGGAGCUGCAUUGGACUCCAAGAACUUUCUUCACCCAAGCAAAGGGUGGUGAUUGAAGUGGCAUGAGGAAAUACAUGUGGUUCUUAGACUUUUUCCUCACCACACCUUUACAGGCUGCUAAUAUGAAACCUUUCAGUACUCUGUAGAAUAUGAUGCUGGGAACUUGUGUUCACUACAUGCUACGUUUAUGGACAGCCUUGUUUUAAAUGUGUUUCUUUUUUGUUGGGGGGGAGGAGGGAUUAUGAGCUAUGUUGAAACUUCAGUCAUCGUUCAUGAGUCUCCAGUAAAACUCUGGGUACUGAAUUGCAUGUUUAUAUUAUGGUGCUUUCUGUGAAAGCCUUAAGAAGAAAAUGAAUUCAACAGAGAUGGAGAAAUAUAAGCUUUUGCCUUCUACCUGAUAAAACUUAGUCUGUUCAUAUUAUUGCUUUUGUAAAACAGCCUGUAGAUCAUGAUCAUUUUGGGAUACUACUCUCUUUUUAACAGUUUAUCGUCUGUGUUGUGUGUGUGCCAGGAUUCCUCUGCUGCCAUGUGGAUUAAGAGAAAAAAAUGAGGAAUGAAUGCCCAGGAAGGUGGGGCUGGUUAGUGCUUUGGGUCUUUGUCAUUGUUGCAAUAAGACUAGCCAGUCACAUAAAAGCCAUUUAGCUCAUAGGAGUAAUUGGCUUCCUUACCAGCACCUUUUCUGACCAGGAAAGUUGGUAGUGAUUGAAAAGCCAAAAGAAGCUAAGACCAUGUUUCUAAACCUGAGCUUCAUUCCUCUUUUCUUUUCUUUCUUUCUUUCUUUCUUUCUUUCUUUCUUUCUUUCUUUCUUUCUUUCUUUCUUUC